CGACGAGAUCCACGGGUGGCGGUGGACAAUCAUCUGCGCCCCACCCAGUUCAGCUCAACCUAUUGUGGUCGCCCUGUCACCACCAGCGCAGCGCGCGCCUGCCUUACGAGCCUGGUUGUCUCCACUGAAGUGCUCGACCCACCGAGCUUGCCAGGGGCUGUGUUGCCUGGACUUCAGUGUUGACCUCUCAUGCACGCAGCAUCUCGGCACAUCACAAACAGCUCAGAUCAGUCACGGCCUUCCAGGCAGGAGUGCUGCCUGAUCCAGACGAAUCUGCUGUGGAUUCACUUUGAUUUCACGCGGUUGACCGUCAUAUAAAGCCAGCAGGCACAUGAAGCUGCGUUGGCUCGUCUUCGUUCGAGGCGCAAGUCCGCAAGUCUAAUCACAAGCGGCCACUCCACCACACCUGGUGCUGACACGACGCAUCCUCACCAUGUCUCCUUCUCCAUCACCGUCAAGCUGCCUUCUCAGAACGCCGGUCGAGGUGCUUGCUCAGAUUGCCUCGUACCUACCGACCACUGAAUAUUGCGCGCUGCGCCGGAGCUGCAAGCAUGUCGAGGCCGCCCUGUUUCACCCGUUUGCCACAGAGUUCUUCAAGCGCCGCCAGUUCAUGCUGACCGAAUUCAGCUUGGAAGCACUCAUUGAUAUCUCGAAGUCGCGUCUGGCCCCAAGCGUCGAGUACGUCACUCUCAGCACAGACAAACCGCGAUGGGACGUGUUUCGAAACAACUUGUUUCGCCAUCAACGGCUGGACGAAUACGAGCAGGCACUCCAUUUAAACAGGUUCAGUGAGGAGUAUGAUAGCCACACAGCCCUGAUAACCUCGGGCCGGGAUUACGAGAUGCUUCUGGAGGGCCUCACAGGUCUCCCAAACUUGCAAGCCAUCGGCGUGCGCGACUUCCACUCAAUGGGUCGCUACAGAGACGGCGGCCAUACCAAGUGGCGCCCUUACGGAUCCACGACAUUUCAGAAGCAGACCUCGAUACCUACCGAGUCGGAUACCUCAUUAUACCGUUAUCAUGCUGGCUUCGGCAUAUCACACACCUCUAGUCCCUCCGAGGAAGCCGAGAUGGUGUAUCUCAAACGCGUGUUGACCACGCUCCUGCGCGUUCUUGGAGCAAUGGCAUCAGCAACACCAAUCUCGCGAUUCGAAGUCAUCCUAAGAAGACUUGCGCUCAAUGACCACUCAUUCUCAAUGUCUCCUGCCCUACAAUCAGCAAUAUUCCCAGCACUGGGUCAUCUCAAAGCUCUGUUCUUGGAUCUUUGCACAAUGGCGCCGGCAACCAAGAUAGAAAACGAACAACAUUCUAUCCAGUCAAGCUACCAAUACCAUCUGCUACAAUUGUUGACGAAUGCCACAAGCCUCGAGCAUCUACGACUGAACUGCAAGAACCCGCAGAGCCCGCUCGCCGUUGCUGAACUCUUUUCGUGGCUGGCCAGACCAGCUGCUGACCAACACCCCAGUCUCGAUUCUCAGGUGUAUCCUGGUCUUCCGCUACUUCCACCCUCAAGAGACUUCCCUAACCUCCAGACUGUCGAGAUUGGCUUUGCCUUUAUCGAGCCGCAGGCGCUUAUCGGCCUGUGCACGAAGCUGAAGAGCAGUCUCCGGGCGAUCAAUCUGCACAAGAUCAACCUUUGCGCCUCCACAAAUCAACAAACGGACAAGGUCAACCUCUGGACGCGGCUGCUGCACCAGCUUUCUGGCCUUGAUCUUGCACUAAACUCGAUUGUUCUAGAGGAGGUCGGGCAGGGCCUCGCGAUGUACAAUCUGGUUCCGGUGAAGUUCCACGGACAAAAGAAGAUGAGGUGGUCUGGCAAGGCCACUGCGUAUGGACUGAAGGAUCUCAUUGAUGCUUUGGAAAUAGAGUGGCCAACGGAAGCCCCUAUGGACCAUAGAGACUUGGACGAAUAUGACGAGGACGAAGACGAAGAUGACGAAGAUGACGCGGACAUUGAUGAUGAUGCAAUGGGCGGGAUGGCGGACGAUGCCGAAGCUGAAGAGGAUGCCUAAUCCAGGCGGAGCUGUUUCCGAGCUGUUCGCCGAACCGCUUGCUCUUCAAUAGGCUGCGUAGCCAGCUCGAGCACAGCGCGGGCGGCAUAAGACAGGUGAUCAUGAUUACACAAGGGCCCGAGGCGGAGCGUUGUUUUCCCACUUUCAAGACCAGUGCCAUUGCAAGGGCGAUUGGUCCGCUUCACUACGAAGUACUUAUCCUUUGGCCAGUAUAUCUGUGAUAGUCAAUUACCACAAGAGACUUUGGCAUGAUACGCCAAGUAGAG